CGAAGUAGCCUCUACACAGUAGCUUACUUUGCUAGAAAUAGCAGUCAAAUUUUCAAAUCACGCCCUGCAGUCUUAAAAACAAAACAUGCAUUAGAUAUGUACUCUUCUUUCCACUGCCUUGAAAAUGACAUGAUAGUCAUGGCUGGAACGCUUAUGAUCACGUGUCUUCAGGGCUGACCUGGGACUAAACAAUUGAUAGAGUACUUUUAACGUAUGCACUCUAGCUAUAUAAUUGAUAUGACUUAAUUUAUCCACAUACGAUGCAAUUAUAAUAAUGAUUUCUAGUAGUAGUGGCACAAUGCCAGAAAUGUAUAGGAGGCGGGGUAUAGAGGAUUAAAUCUACCCUGGCUAUAUUACAAGUACUUUGGACGAGCAAAUGAUCUAUUUAUUACGUUGUCAUUAAUCUGCUACGAAACAUGAAUCUUCCUCAAACAACACGCUUAUCAUCUUUAAAUGGAAAAAACCCCCAGAAGGGUGCAAUGGAUAAUAUAUGGGUCCUACGAUGUAUGUUUAGCUGGAACACUUUUUAUCAUAGAUUUAGCUCGAUAGGGCUAACUUAAAGCUAAUAAAACAGAAGUACUUGAAUCACACCAGGUUAGAAUGAAACUGGAAAACAGUAUCGGACGAUGAAAUAAAUUUUAAACAACAGUUUUGUCACUGGGUGUGUAUGUAUGUAUGCUAACGGUGAACGAGCUAGGAAAACACGAAAUAUUUUGCAGAAGAAAAAAAAUGAAAAGUCGCAAUUUUGGCAGAGAACAACUCCCCUUUCAUUUAAAAUAUUUUAAUAUUUUAAAGUUACUAACUUGUACACAAUUAAUAAAGAAUUUAUAUCAUGGUAUUGCGCAAAUGUAAAAGGAAACGAAAACCCACUUUAUUCGGUCGCAAUCAAUGAAACAAAACAUAAACGACUUUUUUUUUCCUGUGACUUUUUCUGUCAUGUUUUUUUUUCCUAACUUCUGUUUUUCGUGAUUAUUUUCCUUGGAUUUUAUUUUUUCGUGUGUCUUCUUGGAUUCCUGCUUGGGUGUUAUCCGAUAGCCGAACAUUAUUCAUAUUAAUUAAUGGAUUACUAUUUGUCAAAUUCUAUUAGAGUACAUGAUGUACUCAUUUAUUUUCUACCUACGCGUAAUCGGACAUAGCUAUUUUAUUUAACACGUACGUUCGCAUAUACACGUGCGCGCGCUCGUACACACAUGCUUAUAAACAUAACGAGUCAGUCAGAGGUUGCUAGCAAUGGAACUUAAUACGUGGUCUGUCGAUCUUCUUUUGAAAUAGCAGUUGUAUUACAGAAAAUUUGACAGAAGCCAAGAAGCGUUUCAGAAAUAAUUAUACUCUUCCCUAACUGUGUUCCUUAUUGCUGAUAAGAGUUGCUGGAUUAUUCUAAACUCUGGAAACAAGCUGACCCCUUUGUUCCUUACAAUUGUAACUGUAGGAAAAUGUCAUCCAAAUAUCAAAACGAGAGUUUGGAGUUGCCAAUUUUAAGUCCUUCGAUGAUGUCACAGCGAGGCAAACGGAAGUCUAGUAGUAUUGACAACAUAACUCCAUCAACAAGUGUCUCACAAGAUCUUGACUCUGCCGACCAAAACAAUGACUACCCAAAUGAAAAGAAAAUGAAGCCGUCCUCGUCAUCAAGGGAUGAAAUGGAAAGCAAAUCUCCCAGUGACAUUCGCCUAUAUAUGGAGAAUACAUUUGAUGUCCGUCGAUCCUUCAUUACUAUUGAAGCACCAACUAUUGCCAUGAUUAAGGAAACCUACCCAUGUUUGUUCAUUGACAAGGAGUUGCUCGUUGAGUUUCAGCGUGUUACAGAUUUGGAUAUUGACCAUACCAUCCAAGAAUAUUGUGUCAAAUAUGCCAGUGGCAUUAUUGAUCUUUCUCGUAACUACCCGGGAUCCAGUGGCAUUUUACAACAAGCCAGUGAAGUCAAAGAAGAGAACGUUGCUCUAAGACAGUAUUGGGACAUGGUCACUGCACUCUGCCUUUUACCAAUGCUUAUGCGAGAAAAUCUCACAGAAAUGGUCUAUGAGAUAGGGAGCAUGGAAGAGCCUGACCCUAAAGGUCGAAUUGUACCUAUGCUCCUCUCAAAAGGUCCUAUUUUCAAAAGCGACGAGUUCUUCCUUGUUGCUGAAGAACAGAUUGUCCAAGAAUUUGAAGAGUUCACCAUUGCAUUUGCAGCCCUUUUCUCUGCAUAUUGGGUGUUUAAUAUGCAAUACCCUAGAACUCUAACCAACACUUACAACUUCAUCCAAAAAGGUAUCCUGCACAUUCGCGAUUCUUAUCCUAUUCCUCCAGUCAGCAAACAGUUGGUGCAACGGCUGCAGAAGUGGGGUCGAGUUACUGAUGGCAAAGCAAAAAGACGAUAAAAAUGCUGAGUGGGGGGAAACAAUACUAAAGUGUGGGGAUGGGGGGGGUACAGUAUGAAUGAAGAACCAUAUUAUUCUAAAUGUAAAAAAAAAAAGAGAAAAAAAAUUAAUAACAUAUCUGAAGAGUUGCAAUAAGACUAAGAAAACAAUAACCACAAUUCUUCUCUCUCCCUCUCUUUUUCUCCUCUCUCUCACUCUUUUUCUCUGGCUCUCUUUCUCACUCUACAUAUAUUUUUCAUAUAUACUUUCUCUGUCUUAGAUAAUGAACAUCUUCAGAAAAGAACCUACAGUUUGAGGAACUAAGAGAAAGAGUUGCUAUACUCCAAACUGAUUUUAAAACAACAAUUCAAAGGAAUUUAACCAAAUCUAACUUUUUCCUCUGAAUUUAUUUUUAUUUCUCUUUGUUUCUCUCUCUAUUUCUCUCUCUCUCUCUAUCUCUCCUCUCUCCCUCUCAUCUCAAAAGAAAAGCAAAUUAUCCUGGUUCUUUUUUUUCUUUGUUUUUCUUCUUGUUCUUGUCAUGAUAACGUGAUACUUUUGGUAUUAUAGACUUGGUAAUAAUAUCGCACACAACCCUGGUAAUAAU